AUGACGAGGUCACGGCCAUCCGUCUUGCUGCUCUUCACUCUUAUGGCAAGCAUCCGACCAGGACUAGCAUAUAGCUCUUUCGGUCUUCUCUCAAGAAGCUCAGACGCUUGUCCUUCCUCAUUUGCUCGCUGCGGCGGUACGAAACUCCCAAAUGAUUUCUGCUGUCCUUCAGACUCCACCUGCAUCAGUCUAGACCAAGGCAGCUCCUCCAUCUGUUGUCCCGCCGGUAAAGAUUGUGACUACAUCUCGCCGAUUACAUGUGAUGUACAGCUGCAGAAUGUUACUAUCUACCCGGAGAGUGUCAUCAAGACAACUCGUCUGGGCGAUAGCCUUCCCAAAUGCGGCGAUGCGUGCUGCCCGUUUGGCUACACCUGCCAGGGGUACAACACUUGUUCCCUGAACCAAAAAACCUCCACAACUGCAACAGAAGCUUUAUCCAGCUCCUCUAUCACUACAACAUCAUCAUCUGUUUCUAGCUCCUCUACCAACACAGACUCCUCAUCGACAACGGCUAUAACCUCAACAAUCUCCCAAGCAACUAUCACACCCGUGCCAUCUCCCUCAUCCGAAAAGUCCACAAACUCCACUACAUGCCCAGCACUAUCAACCUCGUGUCCCUCCUUCCCAGCUGGAGCUCUAGCAGCGGGCUUCUUCCCUGGUGCGGUCCUCGGUGCUGUUGCCGCCCUCUUAAUAACUUUCUGUUUCCGCCGUGCCCGAAAAGACGAAUGUGAAAUACAAGAAGGCAAAAAUGGGCCUAAUUGGUCCCAACGUUCUUCUUCCGGGGCAAGAUUGUGCAUAUCAAACCCCAUACCCCAAGACGAUACCUCGUACCGCACAGACUUCCUCCGAUGCCCACCGCGAGCCAAGCGCUCUUCAAUAGGAGGACGUUCCACUCGCACUGUGAUCCACCGCACUGGCAGCAGAGUGCGGAGUCUAUUCUCCGGUUAUCCAAGACAAACCGCUCGACUAGACAAGGAUGUGCCGCCUAUCCCUAUGCCAAACCCUAUGCAUCCGGCUCCGUUUACUCCGCCACGACAGCGUCAGCCGAGCACGGAAAGCAUCACGGUGUAUUCACCGCCUGAAUCGUGGCUUUCGCAAUCUCGCACUUUGUUGGGACCAAGUCCAUACCCUGGUGAUACCGCUAGGCCAGAUACCCUGUUUAGCGACCUGAUGCGGGUUGUUAGGUCUCCUCAUGAUGGCAAGGGAAAGCCACCUUAUCCGACUAAUGAUAAUUCUCGGGAAAAUCCGUUCAGAGAUCCUGUGCGUUGA